CGAGAGCCCCGCGCCCGCCGGCGGCUCCAUGCGGGCCGGGCCGCAGGAAGAGGCGGGGCGCGGCGGGCCGUUGGGCCGGGGCGAUGAGCGGGCCGGGGCCGGCGCUGCGGGGGUACAACGCGGAGCUGCAGGAGGCGCUGGCGGAGCUGCGGGCCCGGCGGGAGGAGCUGAGCGGGCGGAUCCGGGAGGAGGAGGCGGAGCGCGGGCGGCUGCAGGGCCGCCUCUGGGCGCUCACCCAGCGCCUGGCCCGCACCAGUGAGAGCCUGGCCCGCAACCUGGCCGCCCGCGGCGAGCUCGACAGGACCAUCGCCGAGACGGAGGCGGCCUACGGCAAGGUAACCCCGGCCCCGGUCCCCCCACGGCGGGGUGACCCCGGCCCGGAGCCCCUCCACAGCGGGGUGACCCCGGCCCGGGUCCCCCCACGGCAGGGUGACCGUGUCCUGGGCCCCCCCCAUGGCAAGGUAACCCCGGCCGGGCCCCCCCACGGCAGGAUGACCCCGGACGGGGCCGCCCGGGGGUCAGGGCACCCGGCCCAGGCGGCCCCCGCUAACGGGAGGCCGGGGUUUGGGCUGGGGGAAAGCACGUUGUCAAAACACACCAAAAAACCCUAUAAUUCGCGGUGGAGAAAAAGAAGGAAAGCAGAGCCAAGGCGUUGACCCAGAAGACCAUGAAUUCGUGCAGAUUCUGGAGAGUUCUCAGAUAUUGCUAGAUGUCCUGAAGGGAGAAAUUGGGAAUGCUGGUAAAGCCAGUGAGCCGCAAAGCACUUCAAAAGAAAAAGAAAAAGAAGCACGUGGAGACAAGCAUUCCUAAACUUGUC